AUGUCAGCCUUUAAUGUGAAGCCAUCAGGUGGUUGGAUACACUCUGAUAAACUGAUUGCAAAACAAGGGGCCACAUAUACUGUAAGGUAUGUGGGCUGCUUAGAAGUGAAAGUUUCAAUGAAAAAAUUGGAUUUCAAAACAAGAUCGAAUGUAGCCAAGGAAUGCAUAAACCGAGUUUGUGAACACUCUAGGUUUAAGACCAUUGACAAGAAAAGAAAAGUAGACAAGAAAGUGUUGAAGGCAGUUGCUGAUGCACCUAACCUAAAGUAUUCUGGAACAAGUGUGAAUCUCAAUGUAUCCAGCAUUAAUUUGUCUCUCACAUCAGUUAGUAACAAUGAGCUGAUAGCCAGUCAUGAGAUGCCUAGAAUUUCAUUUGCAUCUGGAGGUGAUACAGAUACACUGGAUUUUGUAGGAUAUAUAGCAAAAGAUGUAACUGAGAUGAGGGCAUGCUUUGUUCUAGAGUGUUGUGGUGGACUGGCAAAAGAUGUCAUCUCAACAAUUGGUCAAGCCUUUGAAUUGAGGUUUCAGCAGUUCACCAAUAAAUCACCAAUGAUCCUUGGCAUAAGUAUGGGUCAUCCCUCGGUGUCAACAGGAGGAGAUGCAGAUAAAGACUACUACAAUGAUCUACCAGGCAAAGUUCCCCCCGAUGUUUGCGAACCACCUCCUGUACCCCCUUUGCCUUAUCUGGUACCACCACUGACCACUUUGCCGCCUGUUCAAACGCCCAACUUAAUAGAUCUGAAUUCUGAUAUUUUGCCCAUGGAUGGGCCCCAUCAUGAUUAUGUCAAUGAUGCAGUGAUGAUUCACAGGGAAAGAGACGUCUUUGAUAUGCAACCAUUCAUUCAUCAUACCCCUGGUUCAACGUUACCGAAAAGUGAUAAUGACCCUAUUGGUCAACUAGAAAACGAACAUUGGUUCCAUGGUCAGAUAAGUCGCGCCGAAGCUGAAAGUAUGCUUCAGAAUGAUGGCGAUUUUCUUGUUAGAGAAUCCACGAACACCAUGGAUAGACAGUUUGUCCUCUCAGGAAUGCAGGACAACAAUAAGAAACAUUUAUUGUUGAUCGACCCUGAAGGAGUGGUGAGAACUAAAAAUAGGACAUUCAGCAGUGUUGGCCAUCUCAUCCAUUAUCACUAUGAAAAUGCUUUACCAAUAAUAGUAUCAGCAGAAAGUGCACUAGUAUUACGCAAUAAGAUAACUCGGGCUUCAUGA